GAUAUUAGCUAAACCACAUCGUACUCUGUCACACGUCACUUGAAAAGACAUUCGUUGUUCCACGUGCAUUUACUCUUUGUCUUCGCAAAUCAAGGCCAAUAUGUACGAUUUUUGUCUCAGAAGAGAGCUAUGCGGACUCCGGACCGUGGCUUGAGACCUAGACUUAACUUGGACACAUCAAGAUUGUGCUAUACAUACUAUAUAUGAACAAAGCCAUUUAGCUGUGAGUGAAAUUGGGUACCACAGCAUAGCUAUCGAUUUCGCCAAUUUACGGCAUUCUCUUCAUCGAAGGAGCGAGGUAAGAUACAAAGCAGCAAAACCAUCGACGUUAAGUUACAAAUGUGGUAAUCUCUUACAGCAGUUGAAGAGGCGGAAGAUACGAAACUGACAUCGCUAUUGGUAGUACGAUGAAAUAACAGUAAACGAUGUCAUCGGCGGAACCGGAACCGACUACCAGCGCCACACCAGAAAAUGAACCUUUCUCCUCCACAGCGGAGUUUGAACCCGAGCCCGUGGUAGCAGAACCGGAACCUGGAUGGCCAGAGCCCGAGCCCGAGUGGUCAGUUGCGUUUGAAGAAUGGGGAGCAGCCUGGUCGGUCCACACUUACUUCUUUGGCUGUGCUUUUCUGAUUGCAGACAUAUUGGCCAUUUGUUUCCUGUUUCGAGUGAUAAAGGGCCACAAUAGACAACAGAAGGGAAGCCUGUCAGGUUCUCUAUUAGUGAUGCUCAUAUUGUUUUGUUCACUGCGUUUCGUCUGUUUAAUUGUGGACCCUUACCAUACAGAGAACAUUCUCCCCAGGUUGUGUUCGCGACUGUUAUGGUCUCUCGGAAGCCCCUUCCUGCUCUCAGCUUUCAGUUUGGUUCUUUUGGCUCUCAUUGACACCACCAAAAUGAGCAUCGGACCUCCGAGAUUUCAGAAGUUGCCUGUCAUUUUAGGAUUCACGGGUUUCUAUGUACUGUUGGUCAUUUCUACGGACCUGGCCGUGUUUUUCGCCCCCGAGACGGACCCCCUCUUGGUGGUUUGCCAGGGCCUGUUCAUUGUGUUCGGCUGUCUUAUGUGUGUCGGCUAUCUCUACGUGGGCCUGAAGAUCAGAAAGAACCUUUCGUCAAGUUUCAGCAACAUUCAAAAUGGUGACUCCGGAAUUCUCCGACUUCUCGUGACAUGUUACGUCUCUUCCGCCAUUGGCUUCUCCAUCAUCGCUACACACAUUUACGCUUCUUCCAGUGUAUUCGGAGUCUACAGUGACGUCAUAUUCGUGGACGCCUGGUCAUGGUGGGCACUACAAACCCUGAUGCGUUCCGAAGAGCUAGCGGAAGUUAUUGUGGUUAUCUGUGUUGCUAAACGAUCGAUACUUCCGAAGGACGCUUUGAAAAGGUUAGCGUCGUGUCUGAUCUGCCGGAAAAAGAACUCUGUCCGCAAAAUACAGAUUUUACCUCUGGAUGACACGUUUGAACAAACUAAAACAAUCAACACGGAGAAUCUGUCGACUUGCGUCGAAACCAAACGAUGAUACAAGAUUGCAAUCUUAUCAAAAUGGCAACAUCCAUUUUCUGACAAAGAUUGUUCAUUCCAGAAAGCGUUCACUCUGCAUAUUAAACUAGUUUGAGAAGAUGUACGAAUUUAACUAAAUAAUGUGAAUUCAAAGCACAGUUUUAUAAUAUCGUGUUCCAUAUUUUUAAAACAAUAAGCCUGAUUUAAGAGUUGAAUUUAAAAAAAAAAAAAUUAAUGGGACUUUCAAAACUUUUAACGCUCUAAACUUUUAUUGUGGUCAGUAGAAUUUAACAAAAUUUAACAGAGCAAAAUCCUACUUGAUUUAUUUAUGCAAUCGAAUUAUUUAUGUAUUAUACAUGUAUUAAUAUUAGUCUGUGUGUUUCUCAGGAAUCAUUUUUAAAAUAUGUACACUGGGUUUUCGUUUUGUAAUUUGUUUAUUUUUGAUUUCAACAACAAUUGUUUAACUAUUGGGGAUUUUUGUUUCAUGUAUGAGACGUCUUCAGUUGGUUGUCAGCUGUAUUUUAGACGUAAAUGUUUGUGGUCUGCCACUAAAGAUAAUAUGUGUGUCUAUUUAAUGAAAACAGUUAGAUUGUAUCAAAAUGUUUGUUGAAUUUUUUAUUAAACAAAUGUCGGGAA